AUGUCGAGCAUGAACCAAUCACAAAGUCCGGCAGACAUUGCAUAUGCUGGAUACUUAUCAGAUAUUAGCCAAACCGAAGCGGAAGGCCAUCUCGCCUACACUUUCACAUAUACGAAUGCUAACUGCUCAAAUGUGGAGCAUUCGGUUGCCCUGCUCGUAGAUGGUGCUUCUGCUAAUGAGGACUUCGUAAAUGGAACCGUUACAUGCGUCCAUGCAGGAAACCGAACACUAUGGGUAGUACCACCCCCACCAUGGGCAACAACAACCACGAACGACAAUUUGAUUGAAAUAACAUCACCACCAACAACAACGACAACAGCAACACCAUUAGUGAUAUAUCCAGGAGGUGCUCUUCCAGCCGCACCGGUUUUUAUACCAUACCAGCCGGAUUAUGAAGAAACAGCAGAGCAUGUAGAAGAGUCUGUGUCUUCAUUCGAGAGCAUGUCCAUCACGAGCCUUUGA